AGUCACACAGGGGCUGAUUAGCUAUUGGCUCCACCUGUUUCAUGCUGUGGAGUGGGACCUGCUACACUGCCUUCUCUAUCUGUUUAAUGUCUCCAUGAAUUAUGAAAUAUAGAAUGGAAACAGCGGACUAUCAUUUUUUACCUCUUUGUUGACAAGUUGUGUGCUGCUUUGAUGAAUUCUAACCUUGGCUGAAGCGUCCAAAACGAAAUGAUGGAAUACGCGUUUAACUCUACACACAUUACUCACCUUGUUUAUGGAGUUUCAGCAAACGUUGCUGCAAUGCUGUUGUACGGAACCAACUAUGUCCCUGUGAAGAGAAUAGAAGUGGGAGAUGGGAUGUUUUUCCAUUGGGUUUCUUGCUCGGCCAUAUGGUUAGUCUCUUUGAUAGGAGAUUUGACGCUUCAGUCACCAAAGUUCUACCCCCUGGCGAUGCUUGGAGGAGUUAUCUGGGCGACAGGCAAUAUAGCAGCAGUCCCCAUUUUGAAAGCUGUGGGUUUUGGCCUUGGAAUCGUUAUUUGGGGAGCCUCAAGUCUGCUGAUGGGCUGGGCCAGUUCAAGGUUUGGCUGGUUUGGCAUUGCUGCUUCACAAGUGUCAAGGCCUGUGCUGAAUUAUAGCGGAGCUGGGUUGUGUCUACUCAGUGUGCUGAUCCUGUUCUUCGUGAAAACCAAUGCACAGCUGCAUCCUCCACCUGAAUCUACACCCCUGCUGUUCGACAGGAGAACCAACUCUGGCAGCUUUGGCCCUCCCUCCCCAGAGUUCUGGAUGGACUCCAUCGGCCCAAACAGCAGACGCUUCAUAGGCUGCCUGCUCGCGGUGGUGUCAGGCCUGUUGUAUGGAUCCUCGCUGGUUCCCAUCCUCUACAUUAAGAGUCAUUCAUCAUACCGUGACAGCAUGUUCUACGGAGCCAGUGUGUACGAUCUGGACUAUAUUUAUGCACAGUGUUCUGGUAUCUUCUUGGCAAGUACUGUUUACUUUGCCAUUUACUGCGCUGCCCGAAGGAACCGCCCAAGAGUGUACUCCAGAGCUAUACUCCCGGGUCUAUUGUCCGGCCUCAUGUGGACAUUAGCCACAUACAGCUGGUUCCUGGCCAAUCGCUACCUGAACCCUGUCAAUACCUUCCCCAUUGUCAGCACAGGAUACGGCCUGGUGGCUGCUCUCUGGGGGUCGCUCGUGUUCAGGGAGGUUAAGGACUUUGCCAGCUGUCUUACCUUCUGUUUUGGCUUGUCUCUUUUGACUGCAGGAUCUUUGCUAGCUACUUUGUCAAACCUGUAAACUUAAAUAAAGCAUUCAGCAGCUUG